UUUUUUGAAAACUAUCAAAACAGUGACAGCAGUAGCAGCAGCGCUGAGCUUGAGCUAGGAGCUCACAGGCUAAUCGGUAUUUAUUAUUAUUUAAACGCCGUAGGUUAGCAUAAUUAGCCGUGUUAAUAUUUACUCGUUAGUUUACCAGUGUGUGGUGUUGGCUUGUCGAAAGCGAGUCGUUAGCCAGCUUUCAAGAGACUUGCUGUAGAGCUACCGGAAGCUAACAAGCUUGCUGCAUCAAAACCGAAUAAACACAAGGUUGUGUGUGAUGAGGGUCAAUGAGUUUGAUUCCUCUGAGGAAGAGGAUGAUGGUGAUGAAGAGUCCUACACGCCUCUACAGAUCUGCUGGUUGUCCUUGUCAGCAAUUGAGUGCUCACAGUUCCUUGGUAUAUGCUCCUUACCAGGAUGCAGAUAUAAAGACAUCAGGAGAAACCUGGAGAAAGACAUAGGUGAACUGCGUGUGCAGGGUAUACAGGACGUGUUUGUGUUGUGCGAAAGGGCAGAGCUUGUACGAUACAGAGUUCCAUGCUUGUUAGAGAGUUACACUCGGAGUGGACUCAACGUGCACCACCUGCCUUUUCCUGAUGGAGGCGUCCCUGAGAUGCCCCAAUGUGCUCGCAUCCUGGACGAGCUGCAGCACUGCUUACACACCCAGCGCCGCACCGUCAUCCACUGUUAUGGGGGUCUGGGACGCUCAGGACUCAUCACUGCAUGUUUGUUGCUGCAUCUCUCCAGUACUAUGACUCCCACUAAGGCCAUCGAGAUCCUGAGAGAGCUGAGGGGACGUGGAGCAAUUCAGACAGUCAAACAAUACAACUUUUUGCACGAGUUUAGGGAGAAGUUUGCAGCUUAUCAGGAAACUACAGAGUCCAGAGCCUCAGAGAGAGCUGUCUCCAGAUAGCCCGCCCCAAACCCUGCACCUUCAACCCUUAUUUAACCAGGAAGUGAUACGGGUCUGAGCUCGAGCCAUACAGACAGUAAGCAUUCACACAGCAGGGGUUUUCUGUUAGUAUUAUGGGACAGAUUUUUUUUUUUGUAAAUGUGGAACAUGGGGGUGCCAAGAGUAAUUUUUUUUUGUAUAGCAAGCAAUGGAUCACGUCUAAAGCGGAGUUUUUCCCUCUGAACUGCACCUUGAACUGGAUUUUACACACACAUGCAAAUUAAUUUAAUUUAAACACACACAGUUCUACUGCAGAGGAAUAAAUGUGUAUGCCUGAGCGUAUUUUUGUUUGGUGCUUUACACGGCUGUGUGAUCACAUCUGGAAGCAUUAAUAAUUCUAUAAAACCA